AUAAUAUUGUAUAUUAUCCUUACAUGUGUAACAGAUCUUUCCUAUGUACAGAUGACAUUCAUCCAAGUAGUUUCAAGUAUGAAGAAAAAAGACCCCAGCACGCCAUGAUGGAAGCUUAUCAUAAACUACAAUCAACUCACCUCCAGAUUUGACCUUAAUAUCAAGAAGAGGGGUCCUAUCUACCCAUUUGCUCUAAUCCACACACCCCAUAUUCUCCAGAAAACUCCUCAACCGCUUAUAUGUGCCCACACAUCUGUAUGAUCAUGAAUCAUUCGUGAAAAAUACCUAGUGUUAAUAAUUCCCUCGGAUCAUCCAGUGCAGAAAAGACAAUUUAGUCGUCGUAAAUAUGGUUACUUGUGAUUCACUAUAAGCAUUUGUUUUCAUAGUUUCUUGUGGAUGAGCUCAGGAGCCCUUCUUUCCUUUCUUUACUCUAUCAUCCAUCUGCAACUGCUUUAACGUCAUCACCUUUCUUCUUUCGCAGUUGAUGGAUUUGAGAAUUGUGGAAAAGGGUUUGGAUUACUCACGAAGAAGAAGGAAGUGGGGGUUUCUUGUAGCGGCUUUGGGUUUUUCGGGGUAUGGUGCAUACAGAGUUUAUAAUUUGCCUAGUGUUGUUAAAAGGAGGGAAAGGCUGUUGAAGGUUUUGGGUGCUUUUGCUUCUGUUGCUGAAGCUGUGGCAGAUUCUGCAGAGGCGAUUGGGAUUGUUUCGAAGGAUUUUAAUGAAUUUGUUAAAUCUGAUUCUGAUCAGGUUCCGAAUAGUUUGAGGCAAGUUUCCAAGCUGACAAUGUCCGAGGAGUUUACAGCGCCUGUCAGUGGGAUCAUGAGGGCUAUAGCUGUUGGAAUUCUUCGCGGAUAUCAAUCUGAGCAGGCUAAGAAUGUGGGUGAUUCAGCUGACAAUUCAAGUUUAUCUGACCAGGUUUUUGAUAAGCUUUUCUCGACUGCUGGUUCCGGUUUUGCUUCUGUUGUUGUUGGGAGUUUUGCUCGCAACAUGGUAAUCGCUUUAUCUGAUAGUUAUGGAGGUAAAACGAAUGAUAGUUCUAAUGUGGCAUCCAGUAGUGUUCCAAGAUGGGUUGAAGUUUUAUGUGAUGACAAGUUCAGGAAUCUGAUUGCGGAUUCUAUCCAGUUAUUUGUGAGCACUGCUGUUGCUGCUUAUCUUGAAAAAACCAUGGACAUUAACACCUACGACGAGUUAUUUACUGGAAUGACAAAUCCAAAGCACGAAAGACAAGUUAGGGAGACUUUAGCAACAAUCUGUAAUGGUGCAGUGGAAACCUUUGUUCGAACAUCUCACCAGGUUUUGACAACUGCAAAUCCUAAUGCUAAUUCCGAUUCGGAUAUGAAUCUUAGACUUAGCCGCCGCAGAAUAAAGCAAAAGCUUGACGGGGAAGAACCACUACCAUCUGAUUUCACAUGCAACGAAUUAGACGACGAGGAUCAGGAAUCCGGAUGGGUGAAUAAAAUGUAUUCAACUUUGGCAGUACCGAGCAACAGGAGGUUUGUUCUUGAUAUGACUGGAAGGGUAACUUUCGAAACAGUUCGAUCCUGCCUGGAUUUUGUGCUGGAAAAGUUGUCAGACAGCGUGAGAAGUAAUCUUAAUGGUGCCUAUGAGGAGGUGAUCUAUAAGGGAGUUGAGGCUUAUAGAUAUGUUAGUGCCAAGUCUUCUACAAUUGUUACAAUAUGUCUCUCUUUGUGCUUGCAUAUACUAAAUGGCCCGUGGAUUUUAGUUCCAACUUAAUGUCUUUCCACUUCAUACUUGGGAAUCUAAUUCAUCUGUAUGUUAAAUUCUUUUGAUCUGUUUCAUCCUGAUAGAGCAUAUAUGUAUAGUUUCAAGUUUCUUUGUAUAGGGUACUUGUCUCACAAAGUUAAGGUUCUAAAGACCUACCAGAUGCACAAUCUUGGUUUGGUCUAUUAGGACAGAUUGGACAAUAAAACAAUUUGUAUGUUUA